CGCUGCCUGAUGAGCAUUAUUUCUUAAAUCUUGAUGAGUUACAAAAACAUAAAGAAUUACUUCAAGAACUCGAAAAAUAUGAACCAGCUAUGGAAAAGCUGGAUAAAUCAGGAGGUUACGCAGCAUUCAACAUUCAGUUCUAUUCAAAGAAGCAAGAAUCAACAACAAAUUAUCACUUAGAACAGAACAUGGAAGAUGACACGUCGAACAACGUUCCAACUCUUCCUCGAUUAAGAUCAGGAUCUAGCGCGCUUGCGAAAUUUCUUUCAGUCGAAGAUGACUCGUAUGAUGAACUUACAAACCGA